UCCGCGCCGCCUGCGAUUUGGAGUUUGCUCUCCACACAGUGUGUGCGUUUCCCAGUCGCGUCAUCGCUGCUGCCCGCUUGUCUGCUUAACGACACUUUCUCAAUCCAUCGUUGCCACCAUGAACGGACAGCUCAACGGUUUCCACGACGCUUUCAUCGAGGAAGGCACGUUCCUCUUCACCUCGAAGUCUGUGGGGGAAGGCCACCCAGAUAAGAUCUGUGACCAGAUCAGUGAUGCUGUCCUAGAUGCCCACCCUGCAGAUGCCAAAGUGGCUUGUGAAACUGUUGCUAAAACUGGAAUGAUCCUUCUUGCUGGGGAAAUCACAUCCAGGGCUGCUGUUGACUACCAGAAAGUUGUUCGUGAAGCCAUUAAGCACAUUGGAUAUGAUGAUUCUUCCAAAGGGUUUGACUACAAGACUUGCAAUGUGCUGGUGGCCUUAGAGCAACAAUCACCAGAUAUUGCUCAAGGUGUUCAUCUUGACUGGAAUGAAGAAGACAUUGGUGCUGGAGACCAGGGCUUAAUGUUUGGUUAUGCCACUGAUGAAACUGAGGAGUGUAUGCCCUUAACCAUUGUGUUAGCCCACAAGUUAAAUGCCAAACUGGCUGAAUUACGUCGCAGUGGUACUCUGCCUUGGUUACGCCCAGAUUCAAAAACCCAGGUGACUGUGCAGUAUAUGCAAGAUCGUGGUGCUGUGAUUCCCAUCAGAGUGCACACAAUUGUUAUAUCUGUUCAACAUGAUGAAGAAGUCUGUCUUGAUGAGAUGAGAGAUGCCCUAAAAGAGAAGGUUAUCAAGGCUGUUGUGCCUGCAAAAUACCUUGAUGAGGAUACAAUCUACCACCUACAGCCGAGUGGCAGAUUUGUUAUUGGUGGGCCUCAGGAUGAUGCUGGUUUGACUGGCCGGAAAAUCAUUGUGGACACUUACGGUGGUUGGGGAGCUCAUGGCGGAGGUGCCUUUUCAGGAAAGGAUUAUACCAAGGUGGACCGUUCAGCUGCUUAUGCUGCUCGUUGGGUGGCAAAGUCUCUUGUUAAAGGAGGUCUGUGCAGGAGGGUUCUUGUACAGGUCUCUUAUGCUAUUGGAGUUUCUCAUCCAUUGUCAAUCUCCAUUUUCCAUUAUGGUACCUCUCAGAAGAGUGAGAGAGAACUAUUAGAGAUCAUGAAGAAUUUUGAUCUUCGCCCGGGGGUCAUUGUCAGGGAUCUGGAUCUGAAGAAGCCAAUUUAUCAGAGGACUGCAGCCUAUGGCCACUUUGGUAGGGACAGCUUCCCAUGGGAAGUGCCCAAAAAGCUUAAAUAUUGAAAGUGUUAGCCUUUUUUCCCCAGACUUGUUGGCGUAGGCUACAGAGAAGCCUUCAAGCUCUGAGGGAAAGGGCCCUUCUCCCUAAUUUUUCCUGUCCUCUUUCAGCUCCUGAUUAGUUGGCAGCCACUCUCUAGUCAAUGACAUGAAUUUUAGCUUUUGUGGGGGACUGUUAAGUUGGGCUUGCUAUUCUGUCCCUAGCUGUUUUGUUCACCAUUAUAAUGAAUUUAGCGAGCAUAGGUGAUCCAUGUAACUGCCUAGAAACAGACAACACUGUAGUGAAUAAUGCUUUGAAAUUGAACCUUUGUGCCCUGUCACCCAGACCUCCAAAGUCCUUAAUUGCGUUGACUUUCCCACCAUGCUGAAACUGUCCUUGUAAUGUGCACGUAAAGUACUUGUAGUUCCACUAGAGCCUAUGUCUGGCAGUGCCACACCCCUAUCAGCAUGAAUUUGUAAUGUCUUGAGCGCUAUUAUGAAUGUGAAGCCCUCUAACUCACCCUGUAACUUGGUCCAUUUCUAAUUAUGUAGCUUUGUCAGGGAGUGUUCCCUAUCCAGUCAGUCUUGCAUGUAACAGCAAGUUCCAGUUGGAGCUCUAGCCUGACAUCAAAAAAGGCAGUUACCAUUCAGCCAUCUCCCUGGUGCUUAUGCUCUUAAUUGCCGCCUCUAACAGCACCAAAUCAAAAUCUCUGCUUUUCAGCUGUCUUGGAGGACGUACGUAAUAAGGUUUUUAAUUUAGUAAAACCAAUCCUAUGCAUGGUUUCAGCACUAGCCAAACCUUACCAACUCUUAGUCUAGAAAAACAGGCACUUGGCACCCUUGUGAUGUCAUACAGAGAAGUCACAGGGCAGCACCUGAGGGUCUGUAGGUUGCACACUUUGGUACCAGAUAACUUUUUUUUUCUUUAUAAGAAAGACUGAGUAUUCCACACUGCACAAUAAUUCCUCCCAGGGUUUUAACUUUGUUUUAUUUUCAAAACCAGGUCCAAUGAGCUUUCUGAACAGCUGGUGUAGCUACAGAGAAACCAGCUUUCUUCAGAGAGCAGUGCUUUUGGCGGGGAGGAGGAAAUCCCUUCAUACUUGAACAUUUUCUAAUUGCUUAUUUAUUGUAUUCUGAGGUAUGGCGUAAGU